AGGAGGGCAGUGUUGAAACGCCGGCGAAGGUCGGAAUUGCUGCGUCGGAAGAGAGAGAGAGAGGGAGAGGGAGAGAAGGGGGAGCAGUCGCCUGCUCCGCGCUGCAAAUCUACUGCAGAUUGCUGCCUCUUCUCUUUCCAUACGGCAUCUCUUCUUCCCCUCUCACUGAAGCGGCGAUAGGGUUUCUCUCCUUGUACGAGAUCCGGAUCUGCAUUUCCGAAUUAAGAUUCUCGCUUUGGUUUUGUGGAAUCAGUUGUGAUGGAAACUUGCUCAAGAAUCCUUAACUUUGACCAAAUAUCUUUUAAUAAUAUUCUGGGCUGUGCUUCAGAAUUGAAAUGCAAUGAGCAGGGAACUUUCCAUAUACCACCAGUAUCUGCCCCAAGGGAAGUCCUAUGCCCAGAGCCCCAUCGCUCUACCAGGGUUCCAUUUAUGUUGGAUAACCUCAACAGACCAAACUGCAAGGCUAAAAGGAACUUGCCUUCCCUUAGGGGUGACCCCAGUCUUGACAUCUUCAAUCUGUUUUUAGCCACGGAUGACAUGGUAGAUGAAUUGGAUACUGGUAGCUGCCAAAUGGAUUUGCUCAGCUGUUCACCUCCAGUGCGCACAAACAACCCGCUUGUCCAUGAUGUACAGUUCAAUCGUCAGACCCUAAUCCUUGAUGCUCCAUCUGGAAAUACCCAUGGAGGGAAAUAUCCCCUGGCAAGAAAAGUCGGAGUUCCAGCUCAUGAGACAGCAACUGCAGAGAAACCAGUGGUACGAAUUGAGGGUUUUGCUUGUAGGGGUUCCAAGUCUCAAUGCAUUUCUGCCCGUGCAUAGUUGAUCAGAAGCAGAAAUGUUUUGACCUUGAGGAGCAUUCUUGCUGCUGAAUUUUCUAGGAUGUUUAGACAGAUUCUGAUCCCAGCUCCCCCCUCCCCCAAACUUUCUAGUAUGAAUAUGUGAGUGUUGUUUUGUACAUAAUGCUGCAAUUGCAAGUCUAAGUUUGUGUGUUGCUGAGUGAGAGGUUGAACAAAUAUAGGUUCUGGUGUGGAAACCGACUUGAGUUGGAACUCUCCAUUGGAAUGUGAAUGUACAGAUGGAAGGAUGACAUUUGUGUAAAUAUGUAAUCAUAACGUGCCGUGGCUUUGGUUUCAGUCUCCA